CGCAUCAGUUCAGCUCGCACAGAGGGAGACGCCCACACACACAAGGAGAGAGAAAGAGAGAGAUAGAAACCCCGAGAUUCUCUUUCCCCCAUGGCGAAACCUCGCAAGCCGAAGAACGAAGACCCCAAACCCGAAAACUCUGGCGCCCUAGUUCACCACCAAAAGCUAUGCCUAUCCAUCGACAUGGACAAACGCCUAGUCUACGGGUAUACUGAAUUGGAAAUUGCGGUGCCGGAGAUUGGUAUCGUUGGGUUGCACGCGGAGAACUUAGUGAUUGAAAGUGUUUGGGUUGAUGGUGAGCCCACGGAAUUCGAGUAUUACCCCCAUCAUCAGCAACAGUUGGAUGAUGAAAAGAGAUUUAGCUCGGUGUGUUCUCCUAGCUCUGCUGCUGAUGCUGCUGUCUCAGUGUACAUGUCCGCUCUGGAGAAGGAACUGGUUCCCAAUUUACUCAUCAAUUGCUGUAAACCUUCUAAGACUGAAAGUGAACCACAGGAACAACCCACUUCUGACAAUGGGUUUCACGCCUCGGCCGAGCCCAAGCAGAAUGUGAGAAUUGUUCGCAUUGACUAUUGGAUAGAGAAGGCAGAGACAGGAAUCCACUUCAGAAGCAAUGUUCUUCAUACCGAUAACCAGAUAAGGAGAGCAAGGUGUUGGUUUCCAUGCAUAGAUGACAAUUCACAACGAUGCUGCUAUGACCUGGAAUUCACUGUAGCAUACAAUCUUGUGGCUGUCAGCACGGGAAGCUUGCUAUAUCAGGUCUUGAGCAAGGACAAUCCUCCUCGGAAAACAUAUGUCUAUAAAUUGGAUGUUCCAGUUUCUGCGAGGUGGAUAUCUUUGGCUGUUGCCCCAUUUGAAAUUCUUCCUGAUCACCAAUUUAGUUUUGUAUCACACAUGUGUAUGCUGCCUAAUCUGUCAAAGAUGCGGAAUACAAUGGAGUUUUUCCACAGUGCCUUCAGCUGCUAUAAGGAUUAUCUUUCUGUAGACUUCCCAUUUGAAUCAUAUACGCAAGUUUUCAUAGAGCCAGAGAUCGCAGUUUCAUCAUUGAGUUCAGGAGCUUCUAUGAGUAUAUUUAGUUCUCAAGUUUUGUUUGAUGAUAAGGUUAUUGACCAGACUAUUGAUACAAGGGUAAAACUUGCCUAUGCCCUUGCACUUCAGUGGUUUGGUGUGUAUAUCACUGCUGAGGCCCCAAAUGAUGAGUGGCUCUUGGACGGGCUCGCUGGUUUCUUGACCGAUUUUUUUAUUAAGAAACAUUUGGGAAAUAAUGAGGCACGGUACCGGAGAUACAAGGCAAAUUGUGCUGUUUGCAAAGUUGAUAACAGUGGAGCAACAGCUUUGAGCUGUUCUGCUUCCUGUAAGGAUUUAUAUGGAACUCAGAGCAUUGGUUUGUAUGGAAAAAUAAGAUCAUGGAAGUCUGUGGCAGUUCUCCAGAUGUUGGAAAAGCAAAUGGGUCCUGAAUCUUUCCGAAGGAUUUUGCAAACUAUAGUUUCUCGGGCUCAAGAUAAAACACGUUCUGUGAAAACUCUUAGUACUAAGGAGUUUCGACAUUUUGCUAAUAAGGUUGGAAAUCUUGAACGUCCAUUUCUUAAAGAUUUCUUCCCUCGGUGGGUUGGUUCUUGUGGGUGUCCUGUUUUAAGGAUGGGGUUUUCCUAUAACAAAAGGAAGAACAUGGUUGAAUUGGCAGUGUUGCGAGGAUGCACAGCUUUGCAGACUUCAAGUACAUCCAUUGUUGAUGGUAACCCAGAUACUGAAAAUCGAGAUGGAGAUACUGGAUGGCCUGGUAUGAUGAGCAUCAGGGUUUAUGAACUUGAUGGUAUGUAUGACCAUCCAAUUCUACCAAUGGCUGGAGAAUCAUGGCAACUAUUGGAAAUACAGUGUCACUCAAAGCUCGCAGCAAGACGCUUUCAAAAGCCUAAGAAAGGUGUAAAACCUGAUGGCUCUGAUGAUAAUGGUGACGUGCCCUCCAUGGAUAUGCGUUCCAAUACCGAGUCUCCAUUGUUGUGGAUCAGAGCAGAUCCUGAUAUGGAGUACCUUGCUGAGGUUCAUUUUAACCAACCAGUUCAGAUGUGGGGUUUUGUAAUUCCUAAGGUUUGGGAAGGGACUAAUUAUUGUGAGGAGAGGAGAAUGAUUAAUCAAUUAGAGAAGGACAAAGAUGUUAUUGCUCAGGCACAAGCAAUUGCAGCCCUUGAGGCAUCACCACAGCUAUCAUUUUCUGUUGUAAAUGCCCUAAACAAUUUUCUUAGUGACUCCAAGGCAUUUUGGAGAGUACGCAUUGAAGCGGCGUUUGCAUUGGCAAGUUUAGCAUCUGAGGAAACUGAUUUUUCUGGUCUACUACAUUUGGUGAAAUUUUACAAGAGUCGAAGGUUUGAUCCUGACAUUGGACUCCCAAAGCCAAAUGACUUUCAUGAUUUUGCUGAGUAUUUUGUUCUUGAGGCCAUUCCACAUGCUGUAGCUAUGGUCAGAGCUGCCGACAAGAAAAGCCCAAGAGAGGCGAUCGAGUUUGUUUUACAGCUAUUGAAGUACAAUGACAACAAUGGGAACCCUUACUCAGAUGUUUUCUGGCUUGCUGCAUUGGUCCAGUCAGUUGGCGAGCUUGAGUUCGGGCAACAGAGUAUUCUCUUAUUGUCAUCUCUUCUCAAACGCAUUGACCGUCUGCUACAAUUUGAUAGUCUCAUGCCUAGCUACAAUGGAAUCUUGACUAUCAGUUGUAUCCGGACAUUGACCCAGAUUGCUUCAAAGCUUUCGGGAUUCAUUCCUCUUGAUCGAGUGUAUGAACUUGUAAAGCCUUUUCGAGACUUAAAGGCAUUGUGGCAAGUCCGAAUUGAAGCAAGUAGAGCACUACUUGAUCUUGAAUUCCACUGCAAGGGCUUGGAGUCAGCGUUGCUUUUAUUUAUCAAAUACAUAGAGGAGGAGCAUUCCUUAAGAGGGCAGUUAAAACUUGCCACCCAUGUUAUGAGGCUAUGUCAGAUGAAGGAUGGAUCAAAUUCCAAUGAUGAAAUUACAAACCAAACUCUUGUCUCUAUGCUUAAUUUACUGGAAGGGCGUAUGGCAUUUAAUAAUGUCUUUCUUCGUCACUACUUGUUCUGCAUAUUACAAAUACUUGCAAGAAGACCUCCUACUCUUCAUGGAAUUCCCAGAGAAAAUAGGGCAUUGCAUAUGAGUCUCACAGAUGCUUGUAACUAUCAGAACAUUUUUGUUCUGGAAUCAGAAAGCAAACCUUUGGAUCUGCCAAGCUCUACCCAAAAUCUUACGCAAGAUUUGGGCACAACUGAGGGUUUGAGGGAUGCAGUUGAUGAAGCUCCUAAGGACAAACCCUGUGAAGAUCCCCCACAAACACAUGUUGAAGCUGUAAAGGAAGCGCCCCUAGAGACUCCCAAAGAGGUAUUUACGGAAUUUGCCCAGGAAGCACCAAUUGAAGCUCCAAAUGAAGUUUCUAAGGAAGCUGAUACCAUUUCCAAUAGCCAUGACAGAAAGAGGCGAAUUAAAAUCAAGGUCAAACAAUCUUCUGCCACCAGUAGGGCUGAUACUGAUAAUCAAGUGGUUGAACGAUCUUUAGGUGGUCGUAAUGAAAUGGAUCAUGGAGCUAGCAGUUCAGUUUCUGUAGAUGCACCCCAGAGGAAUUUUGCAGAAACUAUUAGCAUUGGUAAUACCAAUAUUGAGGAGGUCAAUUCUUGGCAUGAUCGAGGUUCUCGCAUGACUGCCAGCAUUGGUAGUGCAAAAUUUUUGAGUGAUGGUGAUGAAUUAGGCAAAGAACUCCAGUGCACUGCUGAUUCUAGUGUAGUUUAUUCACAACCUCAGCCAGAAGACCCAUCAUCAUCCAGUAUUAUCCAGGAUAAUAAUAUAGAUGUUGAUGCACGUCGAUAUGCCAGUCUUCAAACUCUUUCAGUUGCAAGAUUUGAUCUUGAUGGAGAAUCAUUGGGUAAAGAAAAUUCUGCUCGUGGGAAAGAAAAGCACAAAAGCAAGGAAAAAAAGCGGAAACGGGAAAAUCAUAAAGGACACCAUGAUGAUCCAGAAUAUUUGGAGCGAAAACGAUUAAAGAAAGAGAAGAAACGGAAGGAAAAAGAAAUGGCAAAAUUACAGAGUGAUGAAGCAAAGAGGUCCUCCAUAGACUCUCUAAGUAAAAAAGAGGCACCUGAAGCAGACGUUUCAAGACAGUUGAAAUCUAUUGAACCCAGCGGCUAUAAUUCUAAAUUAGAAAUCAGAAACACCAAACCGGAGGCAUCCGAAGGUACAUCUGGUGCCCCAAAAAUUCGAAUUAAAAUUAAGAACCGAAUGCUCAAUAAGUCAUAGAGAAUAAAUUUUGUCCUUUAUUUUAUAGAUGUUAGAUUGAAAAUCACAACGCCCAUCUAUUUUAUGGGUUGUAUUUUUCUUUUCAAUAUCCGGCGUAGUAGAUCAUUUAGGUACUUAAAAUUAUUGAUUCAAUGAGCUUUAUUUGUUGGUAGUUCUUUCUGGGGAUUUAGAGAUAUAGGUUGCAAUUUCCGUCACAUAUCAUUAGAACCUAUAGGACCUGGCUUUUCCGAGCCGCAUAGUGGUCCGGUAAAUGGAGCGAAUUACGAGGUUGUUUGGGAUGUUGUAAAUUUGUAACUUUGUAGGCUUUAGUUGUAAAUUUACAAAUUUUUUAUUUUAUUAUUAUAAGAAUGUCUUUGUUGUAGUGUCAAAUCAUGCCCAGAUCCUUUGCCGGUUUAGUAUUUCACUGGGUUCCGGGUUUAUGCUCAGUACUUACAGAUUUAUUAGUACUAUUUGUUUCUUUGCCAUGACGUUUCCCUCAGGAGGCGAAAUGGUAAUAGCGAGGUUCUCUUCCAAUGUAUCAUUAUUUUCUUUAGACAAUCUUUCAUCCUUAUUUCGAUAAAUA